AUGGUCAUUGCAACAGGCCCAUUGUUCAUAGUCUACAUGAUUCAGAUACGUGGUUUACAACCUCCAUUGAUGAAAUCAAGUUUCUUCUUGGCUGACAAAGCAAUUAAAACAGAUCUUCUCCACCCUGGAAAUCCUUUUCCAUCAAAAAUGAAAAAGAAAAUGGAAGGCUUGCCAGUGGGAGUUCAUCGUCGCUCUGCCAAUUACCAUCAAAGCAUUUGGGGAGACUAUUUCCUUCAUUAUACUUCUGAUUCCAUGAAAAUUGAUACUCUGGAAUGGGAACAAGUUCAAGAUUUGAAAGAAGAAGCGAGGAAGAUGUUAAUGGCAGUUCAUGACACUUGUUCAGAAAAGCUUGAAUUAAUUGACAAAAUCCAACGUUUAGGAGUAUCAUACCACUUUGAAGAGGAAAUUGAGGGGUCGCUACAAAUGAUAUAUGAAGCCUACAUUGAAUAUUGCAACAACAUAGAUGGAGAUGACCUUUAUGUUGUAGCUCUUGGAUUUCGUUUACUAAGACAACAAGGCCAUUUUGUAUCUUCUGAUGUGUUCAAAAAGUUUAAGGACAGUGAAGGAAACUUUAAAAUGGCAUUGACUACAAAUGUACCAGCAAUGUUAAGUUUUUAUGAAGCUGCACAUAUGAGAGUCCAUGGAGAGGAUAUUCUUGAGGAAGCCUUAGUCUUCACAUCAAGUCAUCUAAAAUCAAUGAUGCCUAUGUUGAAUGAUUCCUUUAGGGAACAAGUUAUGCAUGCCCUAAAUCAACCAAUUCGUAUGAGCUUAACCAGGGUAGAAGCAAGGACAAUCAUACCUAUAUACCAAAAUUAUGACACAAGGGAUAAAAUAUUGUUGGAAUUUGCAAAAUUGGACUUCAACUUGUUGCAAAAGGUGCAUAAGAAGGAGCUAAGUUCCAUUACAAGGUAAGAUUAAGAUAUACUCUGGUGGAAAGAUUUGGACUUUGUAACCAAGUGUCCUUUUGCAAGAGAUCGAUUAGUUGAGUCCUACUUUUGGGCAUUGUCAGUGUAUUUCGAGCCAAAAUUUGCUAUUGCAAGAAGGAUGCUUGCUAAAGUAAUUGCCUUGGCUACUAUUAUCGAUGACAUUUACGAUGUGUAUGGAACUUACGAUGAACUUAGGUGUUUCACAAAUGCAAUAGAGAGUUGGGACGCUAGUACCAUCGACCAAUUACCACCAUACAUGAGACCAUGCUAUCUUGCCAUUCUUGACGUAUAUGCUGAAAUGGAGGAAGAAUUGGCCAAGAAAGGCGAAACCUAUCGGCUUGAUCAUGCCAAAAAUGAGAAGAAAAAGUUGAUUAGGGCAUAUUUUGAGGAGGCAAAGUGGUAUCAUUCAGCUUGUUAUGUUUCAACUUUUGAGGAGUACAUGAAGGUUGCACUUGUUUCCAGUGGUUACAUGAUGGUUGCAACAAAUUCUUUGGUUGGCAUAGAGGAUAAUUUGAUAAAUAACAAUAUCAUGGAUUGGGUAACAAAGGAACCUUUAAUUGUUCAAGCGUCAACGGUAAUUGCCAGACUGAUGGAUGACAUGGCUGGACAUGAAUUUGAGCAGGAAAAAGGGCAUGAACCAUCAGCAGUGGAGUGCUAUAUGAAACAAAACAAAACUUCAAAAGAAGAGGCGCUUUUGGAGCUUCAGAAAUUAGUAAGCGAUGCAUGGAAAGAUAUAAACAAACAAUGCUUGUAUCCAACUGAAGUAUCAAUGCUUAUUCUCAUGCGAGUUCUCAAUCUUGCACGCGUGAUAGAUCUCCUUUAUAAAGAUGGAGAUGUAUUUACACAUUCCACAACCCACCUCAAGGACAUCAUUACAUCAAUAUUGGUUGAUCCUAUUCCAUAA